AUGGACAAGGAGAUUGAAGACCUGAUAUCAGAAAACUAUAUAUUAAAAAAAGAAAUAGCCGAAUUUAAGUCGAAACCUGAGAGAUGUGCGUGUAUAUUAUCAUCUAAGAUCAAGAACGUAUCAAAUACAAAUAGAUCACAAAGCAUUAACGAAGUAGAAUCAAACCUAUUUAACAGUGCUGAAAAUAAGGAAACCCCUAAUAAUAUUGAAAGUAAAAACCAUAAUUCAACAAUAAAUCAAAAAGAACAACACAAGAAGAAUCGAAAAACUUUAACUAUUUGCUGUACAAAAAAUAUUAAAGCCCAUGAGUAUGCAUAUUUACUAGAUUCAAAUUUGAAUCUCACCUAUGAUUAUCACAUGUUCUCUGGUAAACUUGGUGCCGUGAAUAAUAAAGGCAUGAGAGCUUUGUUUGCAGAUCUUAAGAGUUUACUAUCAGAAAUAGAGAGUUCGUAUAUGUCUAUAGACUACCAUAAAUCCAACAAAGGGACGCAAACUGAUAAAUUAGUUCAGCAAAGUGUUAGUGAAAACGUUUCGGAUGUAAAAUUAUCUAAUGAUGACUUUUUUUCGAAAACAAGAAAAGUAAAUUUCUGUAUGUAA